AUGUCUCGGAUCAAAGCCACAUACAAAUUUCAAGCUAUAAAAUACGUAAACCCCAGUGCUCCAACAGUACAGUCAUUAGUGCUGCUGCGAGUGACGGCCGACUGUCACUCGGCAGAGGCAGCGAGCCGCUGGUGUGCGGGAAUGUCGGCGCCGGCGGGUGCCGAGGCAGCGACGCAAGCAAGCUGCUGGGUGGAUGGCGGCGUUGGCACACGCGCUGGCAUGCGUCGCCGGCCCGCAUCGAAUGCCUAUGCGUGCAUUGAGCGAGGUCGGGCGGUCACGCCAUCUGUUUUGCCGCCGGUUCGAUUUGGCCGCCACGUGGGUCUGCGGAGGCAGCGCACUCGCGCUACAUACAGACCGGCGCAUGCUAGCCGGACUCUCAUUCUCCAAUUUGCCAUGAAGCUCUUCCUCGCGCUCGCACUCGCGGUGCUCGUUGCUGCCAAUGAAGACUGCGCGUGCAUUGACGGCCAGUGCAACAACAACAAGUGUGUCGGCUGCAACAUGCAGAGCGCCGAAGGUGGCUACUGCUUCAACGACGUCGACAAGGACAGCUGCGUCGCAUGGGGCAAGCCCUAUGUGGCGUGCUACCUCGACUCGCCAGACACGCCGACCGAAGGCCCGACUGCCGCGCCGACCGAAGAACCAGCGACGAAGGCGGCUACUGCUUUAGCGACGUCGACAAGGACAGCUGUGUCGCAUGGGGCAAGCCCUAUGUGGCGUGCUACCUUGAUGGCCCCUCGCCCAAGCCGAGCCCGUCCCCUACGGUGGCUCCUAGCAACGCACCCACCAAGAAGCCCAGCGUAG